GGUCAAGACCCACGUGGCCAGCUCUAGCAGACUAGCACAAUGGCAGAAAGAGAAGCUGAAGUGGUGCCUUCAAUUAUAACCGAUAGUGUUUUCUCUAAGAGCAGUCCUAUGCCGGAGGACUCUAGAGAGGUGUCUGGCUAUGAGUUCACUCGAGGGCAGGUCGACUACCACGCAUUGCUGCAGUCAUACAGAACAUCAGGAUUCCAGGCCACCAACUUUGGAUUGGCUGUUGAGCAAAUCAAUGAAAUGCUAGAGUGCAGAGGGCGGCCAGUAUCUGAGACAGAUAGUAAGCCAUACAUGAGAGAGCCUGCAGACAGGCCAGUGAGCAACUGCACCAUCUUCCUCGGCUACACCUCCAACCUUAUCUCCUCAGGGGUACGAGACACUAUCAGGUUCCUCGUCAAAAACAACAUGGUGGACGUGAUAGUAACCACUGCCGGGGGGAUUGAAGAGGAUUUCAUUAAAUGUCUUGCUCCAACUUUCCUCGGAGAUUUCUCACUCUCGGGUAAAGACUUGAAACUUAAAGGCAUAAACAGAAUAGGCAAUUUACUGGUUCCCAACGACAACUAUUGUAAAUUCGAAGAGUGGUUAAUGCCAAUACUGGACACUAUGCUCGAGGAACAGAAGAACAGCGGUUAUAUUUGGUCGCCCUCCAAGAUGAUAGCACGUCUGGGCAAGGAGAUCAACAAUCCUGACUCAGUCUACUACUGGGCUUACAAGAACAACAUCCCCGUGUACUCUCCUGCGUUAACGGACGGCUCUAUCGGAGACAUGAUCUACAUGCACUCGUAUAGGAACCCAGGCCUCAUAGUGGACAUUGCACAAGAUAUACGUGGAAUAAACUCCCAGGCAGUGAGAGCGGCUCACACAGGCAUGAUCAUUCUAGGGGGUGGGGUCAUCAAGCAUCAUAUCUGUAACGCCAACUUGAUGCGCAACGGGGCAGACUACUCUGUGUUUGUGAACACGGCUCAGGAGUUUGAUGGAAGUGACUCGGGGGCUCGUCCUGAUGAAGCUGUCUCCUGGGGCAAGAUCAAGAUCACUGCUAAACCUGUCAAAGUGUAUGGUGAGAACACACUCAUCUUUCCACUGCUUGUGGCUGAGACAUUUGCCAGGAACUACAAAACCCCACCCGACUUUGAACAAGCUACCUCGCAGCAGUGAACUCACGCAAUAAUUAUAAUCAAUUUGAACUGACUUUUUAUGAACUUUCGUAGAAAAUUUUUAUGACAAAAUAAAGAAUGGUUGUAAAAAUAUUGCAAUGAACUAUCUCUGUAUUGGGUUUCUAAUAUUAUGGAGAUAUUACAGUGA